AUGUAUGGGAGGGGAUUUAGCCAAGGGCAGGACCCUCUGAGCAAUGCCCCUCUUAAAACCCACCAUUGUGUGUUAGCUCACCUGUCACACUUUCUGCAUAUUUUUACUCUAGUGUGUCCCAGCAUGGAUAUCCGGAACAACUUCACGAGGCUGUAUGAGCUGGCUAACUGCUCGAUCAUCGAAGGACAUUUGCAGAUACUGUUGAUGUUCACUUCAAGGCCUGAGGAUUUCCGAGACCUCAGUUUCCCCAAACUCAUCAUGAUCACUGAUUACUUGCUGCUGUUUCGGGUCUAUGGGCUGGAGAGCCUGAAGGACCUGUUCCCCAACCUCACGGUCAUCCGGGGCUCCCGCCUCUUCUUCAACUACGCGCUGGUCAUCUUCGAGAUGGUCCACCUGAAGGAGCUGGGCCUCUACAGCCUGAUGAACAUCACCCGGGGGUCUGUCCGCAUCGAGAAGAACAAUGAUCUCUGCUACCUGUCUACCAUCGACUGGUCGCGCAUCCUCGACUCGGUGGAGGAUAAUUACAUCGUGCUGAACAAAGACGACAAUGAAGAGUGUGGGGACGUCUGUCCAGGCACUGCGAAGGGCAAGACCAGCUGCCCUGCCACUGUCAUCAACGGGCAGUUUGUCGAACGGUGUUGGACUCACAGCCAUUGCCAGAAAGUCUGCCCGACCAGCUGCAAGUCGCACGGCUGCACUGCUGAAGGCCUCUGCUGCCACCCCGAGUGCCUGGGCAGCUGCUCUGAGCCCGACGACCCCACCAAGUGCGUGGCCUGCCGCCACUUCUACCUGGACGGUAGGUGCGUGGAGACCUGCCCAGCCCCGUACUACCACUUCCGGGACUGGCGCUGUGUGAACUUCAGCUUCUGCCUGGACCUGCACAACAAAUGCAAGAACUCGCGGGGGCAGGGCUGCCAUCAGUACGUCAUUCACAACAACAAGUGCAUUCCUGAGUGUCCUGGGUACACGAUGAAUUCCAGCAACUUGAUGUGCACUCCGUGUCUGGGCCCCUGUCCCAAGGUCUGUCACAUCCUGGAAGGUGAGAAGACCAUCGACUCAGUGACAGCUGCCCAGGAGCUUCGAGGAUGCACCGUCAUCAACGGGAGCCUCAUCAUCAACAUCCGUGGGGGCAACAACCUGGCAGCUGAGCUCGAGGCCAACCUCGGCCUCAUUGAGGAAAUUUCAGGGUAUCUGAAAAUCCGCCGCUCCUACGCUCUAGUGUCACUUUCCUUCUUCCGGAAGUUACGUCUGAUUCAGGGGAAUACCUUGGAAGUUGGGAACUACUCUUUCUAUGCCUUGGACAACCAGAACCUAAGGCAGCUAUGGGACUGGAGCAAACACAACCUCACCAUAACUCAGGGGAAGCUCUUCUUCCACUAUAAUCCCAAACUCUGCUUGUCGGAAAUUCACAAGAUGGAAGAAAUUUCAGGAACCAAGGGACGCCAGGAGAGGACCGACAUUGCCCUGAAGACUAAUGGGGACCAGGCGUCCUGUGAAAAUGAAUUACUUAAAUUUUCUUAUAUCCGGACAUCUUCUGACAAGAUCAUGCUGAAAUGGGAGCCGUACUGGCCCCCUGACUUCCGAGACCUCCUGGGGUUCAUGCUCUUCUACAAAGAAGCCCCCUACCGGAAUGUGACGGAGUUUGAUGGGCAGGAUGCGUGUGGAUCCAACAGCUGGACGGUGGUGGACAUUGACCCGCCUCCGAGGUCCACUGACCCCAAGUCACAGGCCCAUCCUGGGUGGCUGAUGCGGAGUCUCAAGCCCUGGACUCAGUAUGCCAUCUUCGUGAAGACCUUGGUCACCUUUUCUGAUGAACGCCGCACAUACGGGGCCAAGAGCGAUAUCAUCUACAUCCAGACAAAUGCCACCAAUCCUUCCGUCCCCUUGGAUCCCAUCUCGGUUUCUAACUCUUCAUCCCAGAUUAUCUUGAAGUGGAAGCCUCCCUCCGACCCCAACGGCAACAUCACACACUACCUGGUUUUCUGGGAGAGGCAGGAGGAAGACAGCGAGCUGUAUGAGCUGGAUUAUUGCCUCAAAGGGUUGAAGCUGCCCUCCCGGACCUGGUCCCCCCCAUCUGAGUUGGAGGGUUCCCAGAAGCACAACCAGAGCGAGUACGACGAGGCUGCCGGCGAGUGCUGCUCCUGCCCGAAGACUGACUCUCAGAUUCUGAAGGAACUGGAGGAGUCCUCGUUCAGGAAGACGUUUGAGAAUUACCUGCACAAUGUGGUCUUCGUCCCCAGAAAAAUCUCUUCAGGCCCAGGUGCUGAGGACAGUAGGUCGUUGAGGAAACGCAGGGCCCUUGGUGACGAAGGGAACAUGACGAUGGCUGUGCCCACAGCUCUGGGUUUCCCCAACACCUCAACCAUCGUGCCCGCAAGCUCGGAGGAGCCGCGGCCCUUCGAGAAAGUGGUGAACAAGGAGUCGCUGGUCAUCUCGGGCCUGCGCCACUUCACUGGCUACCGCAUCGAGCUGCAGGCUUGCAACCAGGAUUUCCCCGAGGAGAGGUGCAGCGUGGCGGCCUACAUCAGCGCCAGGACCAUGCCCGAAGCCAAGGCAGAUGACAUUGUUGGCCCCGUGACCCAUGAAAUCUUCGAGAACAACAUCGUUCAUUUGAUGUGGCAGGAGCCAAAGCAUCCGAACGGUCUGAUUGUGCUGUAUGAAGUGAGCUAUCGACGAUACGGAGAUGAGGAGCUGCACCUCUGUGUGUCCCGCAGGCACUUCGCCCUGGAGCGGGGCUGCAGGCUGCGCGGGCUGUCGCCCGGGAAUUACAGCGUGCGAGUCCGGGCCACCUCCCUGGCGGGCAAUGGUUCCUGGACGGAAGCCACCUAUUUCUAUGUGACAAACUACUUAGACGUCCCCUCCAAUAUUGCAAAAAUCAUCAUCGGCCCCCUCAUCUUUGUCUUCCUCUUCAGUGUUGUGAUUGGAAGUAUUUACCUGUUCCUGAGGAAGAGGCAGUCAGACGGGCCGGUGGGACCACUCUAUGCUUCUUCAAACCCUGAGUACCUCAGUGCCAGCGAUGUGUUCCCAUGUUCUGUGUAUGUGCCGGACGAGUGGGAGGUGCCUCGGGAGAAGAUCACACUCCUGCGAGAGCUGGGGCAGGGCUCCUUCGGCAUGGUGUACGAGGGCAAUGCCAAGGACAUCAUCAAGGGCGAGGCAGAGACUCGAGUGGCGGUGAAGACAGUCAACGAGUCGGCCAGCAUGCGGGAGCGGAUCGAGUUUCUCAACGAGGCCUCCGUCAUGAAAGGCUUCGCCUGCCAUCACGUGGUGCGCCUCCUCGGGGUGGUGUCCAAAGGCCAGCCCACGCUGGUGGUGAUGGAGCUCAUGACUCACGGAGACCUGAAGAGCCACCUGCGUUCCCUGCGGCCUGACGCCGAGAAUAACCCCGGCCGACCUCCCCCGACCCUGCAAGAGAUGUUUCAGAUGGCAGCGGAGAUUGCUGACGGGAUGGCAUACCUGAACGCCAAGAAGUUUGUGCACCGGGACCUCGCAGCUCGAAACUGCAUGGUCGCCCACGAUUUUACCGUCAAAAUUGGAGACUUUGGAAUGACCAGAGACAUCUACGAAACGGAUUAUUACCGGAAAGGUGGCAAAGGUCUGCUUCCUGUGAGGUGGAUGGCACCUGAAUCUUUGAAGGACGGGGUCUUUACCGCUUCUUCCGACAUGUGGUCCUUCGGUGUGGUCCUGUGGGAAAUCACCAGCUUGGCAGAACAGCCUUACCAAGGCCUCUCCAAUGAGCAGGUGCUGAAAUUCGUUAUGGACGGAGGGUAUCUGGAUAUCCCUGACAAUUGUCCAGAGAGACUCAGUGAACUGAUGAGCAUGUGCUGGCACUUCAAUCCCAAGAUGAGGCCGACCUUCCUGGAGGUCGUUGACCUGCUGAAGGACAACCUGCACCCCAGCUUUCCGGAAGUUUCCUUCUUCUACAGCGAGGAGAACAAGGCACCUGAGAACGAUGAGUUGGAGAUGGAGUUUGAGGACAUGGAGAGUGUACCCCUGGAUCGGUCCUCACACUGUCAGAGGGAGGAGGAUGGGGGAUGUCCGCUGGCCCUAAAGCGGAAUUACGAGGAUCACAUGUCCUACAGCCACAUGAAUGGGGGCAAGAAAAACGGACGCGUCCUGACUCUGCCACGGUCCAGUCCCUCCUAACGGCACCUGUUUUGGGGAGGGAAUCCCGACUUCACUCUCCUCUGGUUUGACGGUCUCCAGAAAACUCAGGAUUUUCCCACAACUCUGCCAGUGUCCAGUGGAGCUAAGAGAUCAUUACUCUCCAUUUCUGUUUAUGGUACAACUUAAAACAUCUGUUUGAUCGCCAAUCUGACUAGUGAUCAGAGAAUGUAACCGUGAACGUAGAGAGAAGGGGUCCUUUCCAGCAACUGCGGGCUCAAGCCAGGGUGUUACUUCUUUUUCUAAUCAAUUGAAAGAAAGCACCUGUUUUUACAAAGGCUUUUUCU